UCACGUAACUCCGAAAAAACAGACACAUACGCCAACUUUUUCCUUCAUCCUAAACACCUUGCAGAAACACUCACAAAACAAAAACCUUGAAAUUUUCAAAACAACCUUGUUUAUUUUUCCGACAUAGAUCGGAAAAUUUCAAAACCUUAAUUUUUCCGAAGAUGAUGCACAUGACAUUAUAUUGGGGAAAAAACGUGACACUAUUAUUUGAUUCAUGGAAAACCAAUUCAUGGACGAGUUAUCUACUGAGUUUAAUAGCGUGCUUCAUUAUUGCAACAUUCUACCAAUAUCUGGAAAAUCUUCGGAUUCGGUUGAAGUUUUUCUCCGGUGAAGGGAGAACAACUCCGGUGCCGGAGAUUCGGACUCCUCUUCUUGGAUUGAAUAAGGUUUCGAGGAACAAGGUUGUUGAGUCGGUUUUAUUUGGUGUGAAUUCGGCUAUCGGGUAUUUGUUGAUGUUGGCUAUAAUGUCGUUUAAUGGUGGUGUUUUUUUGGCUAUCGUGGUCGGAUUAACGUUUGGUUACUUCUUGUUUAGGAGUCAGGGUGACGAAGAGGCUGCGGUUGUUGUUGAUAAUUCUUGUGCAUGUGCUUAGUUUGUGUGUUUUUUGUGGUUGAAAUUCAUUUGUUGUAAUGAUCACUUGUGAAUUGGUUUAUAAAUUAUAUUCUCUUUUUCUGCGAUUUUUCUGUUGUAUGUUCUAUUCUGUAUCAUCAAAAUGAAAUAGUGGUAGUAAUAUGCGUUGGAGUUUUUGGUUCUUA